ACACAUAUUCGCCGCGCUGUGUAUUCUGGGAACACACAGCAGUUUCAAGAUGGCGGCGAGCAGGAGGCUGGCCAAGGAACUUGAAGAGAUUCGCAGAUCUGGAAUGAAAAACUUCAGAAACAUUCAAGUGGAGGAAUCUAACCUGUUGUCAUGGCAAGGGCUCAUCGUCCCCGACAACCCUCCUUAUGACAAAGGUGCGUUCAGAAUCGAAAUCAUUUUCCCCACUGAGUACCCCUUCAAGCCUCCCAAGAUCACGUUCAAGACAAAGAUCUAUCACCCCAACAUCGACGAGAAGGGCCAGGUGUGCUUGCCUGUGAUCAGCGCAGAGAACUGGAAGCCUGCCACCAAAACUGACCAAGUAAUUCAGUCCCUCAUCGCGCUGGUCAACGACCCCCAGCCGGAGCACCCCCUCAGGGCAGACCUAGCAGAAGAAUACUCAAAGGACCGUAAAAAAUUCUUGAAGAACGCUGAAGAGUUUACAAAGAAAUACGGCGAAAAGCGGCCAAUGGACUGAUCACCUGACGAGCGUGUAGCCCUUUCUCUGUCUCUUUCUCCCCCCUCCCCCCCUCUCCUAUCUCACCUGCCCAACCAAAUACCAACCCCCCCCUCCUCCUCCUCCCCUACACCGAUCCUCCCUGCAGUCCCUCCCCAUCCAGGACUCUCUGUGGAUCAGACAGCUUCCUCUUAACUACCGCUCGUCCUCCUCGGCCAUAAAUCUCCAUUUCUAACUUUCUACUCUUUUCUUAAUGUGAAAUAAAACGGGAAAAUAAAUUCUAAGCGAAUGAAACGUUUAGACGAAGAGUUAGAUGGAAAGCCUAAGUAAAGUGUAAUUGUCUUUUCUUUUCCUUUGUGUUGAAUAGAUCUCACUUAGACUUUUCUCGAGUAUUUUUCGCAAAGCAGGAAAACCGGACGAUAACAAAUUUAUUCUUCUUUCCCACCGUCGAUAAUCUUUAAGCUAAAAAAAAAAAAAACCAGCAAAGCGAGACAGAAAGAAGAGAAGCUGUCAGUAGCAAACGUUCCCCUCACUCGCCUCUCUUAGACGUGCACUGUGCUCUAUGGGACCCCCCCCCCCUCCCCUCUGUUUGUAACACACUGAGCAGGCCGUACAUUAGUGGAAUUGUUCUCACUGAAAACGUGACGGAAGGUUCUUAAGUGAGAGAAAACAAAGUAAAUUGGUUCCAUGUUAUCGUGAGCCAGCCCUAAAGGCGACGGCUUUUGUGAUCUUUUUUUUUUUUUCUGUCUUUAUUAGUAAUCGUUUUGCUUUCUUGAUUGGCACUUGGUGCAAAUAAAAUCGGUAACGCAGGAAGAACCCCUUUUGCUUAAUUUGAAUCUUCAACGCAUGUCUCCCAAUAUCACACCGAUCACAUUCGACACAGAGCCCUUUACCACACACACAUAUUCCAGCAGGCAGACGGACUGUCGGCUGCCCAGCCUGUCGGGAGGAGGAGCAGGAGGGGAGGAGGAGAAGCUGGAGAAGGAUGCACUCGGCUGGAAUGAAGCUCAGCUCCUGGAGGCGGUCCUAAAAACAAGCACCUUGAAGGAAGCUGGGAGAGGGCUGGCUGUCCGGGGGGUGUGUCAGGACACGAAAAAGGGACUGCAGUGGCCAAAAAUACAAAAAAAAACAUCAUGUAACAGCUGUUUGAUCUGGUCCCAAUAUUGUUUCAUAAUAAAGAUGGCUAACCAUUUGGCCUCACUGUC